AUGGACUUCAAGCAUUUCACGCACUCAAAAUACUUCGCCUACAUGGUCUCAACGGUACCAAAUUAUUCGACAUCACAGAAUCGUUCAUCAUCUCAAACAUCAAAUAUGCAGUUCCUUCCUGUGUUAAAGAUCGGUUUAUGUGGAGGUCGUAAUCGGCAAUGUCCUGAAAGGAUAAGGCAUGAGAAAGAAAUAAAAUGCUAUUUCAGCCGUUCUCAAAGUGACGGAGUUGGAAUUUUUGAGUGGCCAAAUUCUCUUAAUCAGACCAAGAAGUCGCUUUAUUGGAACACAAUCCUGACGGUCACGAAAAAUUCACUUGUUUUGUUAGUAAGAAGAUUCAAGUAUUUUUUCUCUAGUCUGACUUAA